AAACCAAGCAAAACAAAACAAAAAUUGCAAACAAUGUCAGAGAACUCAUCGGAAUAUUUAAAACGCACCUGCCUCAUAUGCGGCUGUCAUACCAAUCAAACAAUUAACAUAUACGAGCCACGUAGUGGUCCAAAUAUAGUGCAACUAAUACAAGCAAAAUUUAAAUUUCAGCCCUUGAAUGAGGACAAGUACCUGUGUUUUAGUUGCAAUAAUUGGCUAAUUAAUUGGCAUUCACUGCAAGCUUUAAACAGUAACGAAGCCGAUAGUUCAUCGGGGGGGACAUUUCGAGCCGGUCUAAACAGUGGCAACAAUAGCGUUAUGCAAACUAAAUUACAAACCGAUGAUGAUGAUGAUAAUAAUGUUAAACGUCCUAUAGCUAUAUGUCGCCCGAUAAGAAGAGUGCCAACAACAUGUCAUAAAGGAUCAAUUACAGGGGAAGAGCACAACAACACAACAAUAAUAAGCAAUAUUCAGCAUAAUUUAAAAAAUUCAAAACCAAAGUCUAAACUUACUUUCAAAAAACCUCAGCCUCGCUUGAGACGACUAACGCACCGAACAUACUCAACGCAAUUAAGAUUGAGAUGCUCAUGUGGUCGAGCGUUAUUGCUGCUGGCAAGCGAGAAGAGAAAAAUUAAUAAUAAAUUCUUAAAGCAGAAAAUUGCUGCUGUUGUGAAAUGCUUUAAAUGUAAAGCCAACGAUUAUAUGAAGUCGUCAAAAAGUCAAAAUCUAGUCAAUAAUGCCUUACAAGCAAGACAUCAACAAGAUUAUGUGAAAUGCACUGAAAGCCAUAAAACUUACUUAAGGAAACCCUUAGUUGAUGGGAAAGUGAUUGCCAUGCUUAGACGUAUUGGUACCACUUUGUCACGCGAAUCAAUUAUUAAAAGCAAUAAUGACCACAAGUCCACAAUGAUGGUAGAGCAGCAUUUACCGCAAAUUAUGAGUCCUACAAAAGCCAAGCAACGUUGGUCACGGCCAUUGGCUGAUGAUGAAAUUGUCUUAAAUUUUGAAGCCACCGUAACGGAAGUGUUGACCGCUGCAUUAACAACUGAUAGCAAUAACACAAACAAGUUAAGAAAACGUUUGACAUAUCAGAUGUCAUUACAGGAAGGAAACUGCAUUGACCUAAACAGUAAAGAAGAAUUGAAAGCAGAGGGCGACGAUAAUGUGAAUAUGCCAAAAACGGAAAUGACUCUACCAUUGAAUUUACCCAAAGGACUUAGUAUUACUUUGGUUUAAAAUGAAAAAAAGCAAAAACAACAAAAAAACAAAAAACGGGGAAAAAAACCUCUCACAGAGAAUGAAAUUUUUUUUUUUAAUUUUUUAACAGCCAAACAUACAAAGAUAUAAAUGCACAUAGGGUUGGCGAGAAAGAAAUUGCUCCGUAUACUCUACUGCAACUAUGAAGAGAAAUGAAGAGAAAUUUCUUUUAAGAAAUUUCUUUUUUGGCCAACCCAUCUAUAUUAGUCAAGUCUUCGGACCUCAUUAUGGCAAAAGUGGUAUACAAAUCAUAAGACUUUUGCUUGCAUUUCAGCUUAUAUAGCAUAUAUAGUCAUUAAAAUGAUUAGUCUUCACGGACAGCUUUAAAGAAACGAAACGAAAAAAAAAGAUAAAAGGUCCUUUAAUACCUCUAAUUAAGAGUUAAAUAUAUCUUAACUAGUUUUCUCUUUUCUUCUUUUAAUUUAUUUUAUUGUAUUUACGACGAUUAUUAUCCUUUACCUUUUAACAUGCUUUUAUAUAUAUAUAUCUACGAAAAGUUUAGCUCAAUUGUAUUUGUAAAUAGCUUUUGUGAUUGUUUGUUCAUUCACAUAAACUAAUUGUUGCUUAAAUAUAAGUAUGAAAAAAGACGACAA